AAAGAGUUUUGUAGAGCUGCUCGCUGUGAGUGGUUUUUAUAAUGUGGCGGUCCCUUUUCCCACAUGCUGUGUUAUAAUAUGGAGUCUUGACAGCGGGCAUUCCAGGAAGGUCAUGUGUAGGGUCAGCUGAGUGUGGUCUGUGUAGUGCGCCCUAUAGCGCUGUACAAUGCGGCAGCUUCUGGGCAGGAUGGGACGGCUGGGCUCCUCGGCGUGGUGUGUGGGGAGGGCAGGCUAUGCAGCCGCCAGGACGCCUCACCUCCUCACCACCCCGAUCUUCUAUGUGAACGCGGCCCCGCACCUCGGACACGUGUACUCCGCUGUCCUGGCCGAUGUGCAGCACCGCCACGCCGCUCUGUGUGGACGGGACGCGAGGCUGAGCACAGGUACUGAUGAACAUGGUAUUAAAGUGCAGCAAUCUGCCACCGCUUUUGGUUUGGACCCAUCAAACUUCUGCACUUCCAUUUCCCAGCAGUUCCGCACGAUGUUUGACACAAUGGCCAUCUCUUACACAGACUUCGUGCGCACAACAGAAUAUCGUCAUGCCCAAGCAGUUUGUCACUUUUGGAAGAUACUAGAAGAUAAAGGAUAUAUCUAUAAGGGGAUGUACCAAGGAUGGUAUUGCACCUCUGAUGAAGCCUUCUUAAGUGAGGAUCAAACUGUGGAGAGCAGAGAUGCAGAAGGCAACAAAAUCCGAGUGUCAAUUGAAAGUGGACAUCAGGUACAUUGGAUGAGUGAAGAAAAUUACAUGUUUAGGCUAUCUCAACUACGUCCUAAACUCCUUGACUGGCUUAAGACAGAACCAAUCCAUCCUGUUCCAUUUCUCCGUAUUGUUCAGCAAUGGCUGGAAAAGGAGUUACCAGAUCUUUCUGUGUCUCGUCAACGUAAUCGUGUAUCGUGGGGCAUCCCUGUUCCUUCUGACUCAUGUCAUACUAUCUAUGUCUGGCUGGAUGCUUUGAUUAACUAUCUUACUGUUGCAGGAUAUCCGAAUGAAAAUUUGGCUCCCUGGGGUCCAUCUACACAUUUACUUGGUAAAGAUAUUUUGCGGUUUCAUGCCAUAUAUUGGCCAGCUUUCUUAUUAGCAGCAGGUCUUCCACCACCCAAAAAGUUACUUGUCCAUUCUCACUGGACUUGUAAUGGAGUCAAAAUGUCAAAAAGCCUUCAGAAUGUCGUGGAUCCAACUGAAUGCAUUAAGAAGUAUACAAGAGAUGGGCUACGGUAUUUCUUACUUCGUCAUGGUUCCCCUGAGCGAGACUGUGACUUCACACACCAUACUGUUGGCAAAUUGUUAAACUCUGAGCUUGCUGAUGCCCUAGGUGGACUUUUAAACCGCUGCACUGCAUACGCAAUAAAUCCUGGCCAAUGCUGGCCAUAUUAUCAGUGCAAAAGUGUGCCACCUGCAGCCUAUGAAGAAUUACAGAGACUUCUAGGAUCUGUUAAGGAGCUGCCUAGACGGGUAGACGACUACAUGAAUAGAUUCCAAGCUAACAAAGCCUUAGAGGCAAUUGACAGCAGUGUGCGAUGUUCAAAUGCUUUCUUUCAGAGUCAAGCCCCAUGGAAAUUGUUUAAAGGAGAAGAGGAAGAUAAGGCAUGGGGACAGUGUGUUCUGUAUAUUACCCUUGAAUCAUUAAGGCUUUAUGCUACUCUUCUUCAGCCUGCAGUUCCUGGUCUAGCUCAAACAAUACUGGAUCGACUUGGUGUUCCUAGUGUCUACAGAACUCUAAAAGGGAAUCAUUUCUUUGCAGCAACUUUGGGUGAAGAAUGUUGCUUUCAGGGUCAGACUCUGGGGUCAGAAUGUGGUCUUUUGUAUCCAAGACUGGAGGCGAAUGAGGAAUAGUGCAUCCUGGCGUGGAAAUGAGGAUGUCAGCAGAAACUUCUUAUAAUAUAUAGGAGAAAAAUGAUGCAUUUCGAUUCUAAGCAAUAUUCUGUUCACCUGAUAAUGCACAAGAGGACGGCACUGCAUUCUAAUUUAUUGAUUUCAUUGGGAGCUGUAUUUAGUUGCGAGCAGUCUGGAAUAAUGUUAACUAUCUGAUACUCUAGAUCUGACCUGCUUUUUAUAUCUUUUCAUUGACUAGCAGUUGCAUAGAUGGAAAAAGUUACAAUUUUUACCAUAGUAAAAGUGCACUUUCAGUCCAUAUCGGUGUGGAGUUAGUGUUUUUGAAAUAACAUCUGGCUGCUUAAAAAUCUAUUGUAGUGC